AUGGAUCGCAGAGGGGACCUUCUGUCCGCUGAGGGCAGUGGUGGCGGGGUCGACUCUGCUUCCCCAGGGCCCCCAGCCCUGCCAGGGCGCCCCUCAGUCGCCACAAUCCCAGUCCCCAGCAGUCCCCGUGAAUCCCCUGCCUGGCUACUGCCCACCCGGGAGGCCUCUGAGCCCAGUGACGGAUGCCACGACCGGAAAUGCCCUCCUGCUCAGCCGACCCAGACCGCGCCCCCCUUUCCUGCCGCCCCCUCCCCCAGGGCUGGGCCCGCAGGCCCCGGAUCCCCGGACUCGCGUGGCCGCCGUAACCGACUGGGGCGACCCAUCAGCCGGCCAUUGUCCCCGGCCCUCGCCGCGGCCCCUCCACCUCUAGGCACUGCGGAUUCAAAGCGAAUACAAAAGGGGGACCCUAACUGCCAGCCUCGGACCACCCCCUUGCAGUGGGAUCCGCAAAACAUCCGCGCGCACCCCCAAAGCUCCAGACCCAAGGGAGAUUGCCCCACACCAUGGAGGAAAAAAAUCCCAAGGCAUCCCCUGGGGGCUGCAGUGCAGCCCCGGUUUCCCAGGCGGCAGGUGGCCUGGCCCGGGCUUCCCGCGCCUCCUCCGCGCGCGGCCCUGCCCGGCCCUGUCCGGGCGCCCCAGCCUCGCGCGCCCCAACCUUGCGCGCCGCCGGGGACGCGGUGGCCCGGCCUCUGCCCCGCGGGGCUCCGCCGCGCCAAAGCACUCACCUCGGCCGGGCUGCGCUCCCCGCGGGCCUGCGCCGAGCCCGAUAAAUGUUGCAUGAAUGAGAGCGCUAACCUCUACGGAAGGGUGCGGCUACUUCGCAGCAUGUUCAUCGCGUGCGUCUUGCCAUGCCAGCGCCGGAGGACAGGACUUCCUUUCCCAGUAGGCCCCGCAAGCGGGCCCGGCAAAAUCCCGCUCCGGCUUGAACAAAUCAAAUCGAAGGAAAGAAACUGCCGGCUUUCAAAAAUCCUCCUCCGCCGCCAUAAUCGCUGGGGAUCUGGAGCAGGUGGUGUGCACGAGCUAGACGAGGAGCCGCGGCAGCGAAGAGAGUCAAGCAGACUGGUCACUGGGCCCGGCUCUCACGCGGGCUCUCAAGCAGUGACCGACGCGCGCGUUCCGUCCCCCCACGCGGCGGUGCCGCUAGUUCGUGCUAAAGAAGUGAUUAAGGAGAUAGAAGAGUUUGACGGCCUCGAAGCUCUACGAUUGGAGGGCAACACGGUGGGCGUGGAGGCGGCCAGAGUCAUUGCCAAGGCCUUAGAGAAGAAGUCCGAGCUGAAGAGAUGCCACUGGAGUGACAUGUUCACCGGAAGGCUUCGGUCUGAGAUCCCGCCGGCUCUGAUCUCACUAGGGGAGGGACUCGUCACUGCAGGAGCACAGCUGGUGGAACUGGACCUCAGUGACAACGCGUUUGGACCCGAUGGAGUGCGAGGCUUCGAGGCCCUCCUCAAGAGCCCAGCCUGCUUCACCCUACAGGAACUCAAGCUUAACAACUGUGGCAUGGGCAUCGGGGGUGGCAAGAUUCUGGCGGCAGCUCUGACUGAGUGUCACCGCAAGUCCAGUGCCCAAGGCAAGCCCCUGGCCCUGAAGGUGUUUGUGGCCGGCAGAAAUCGCCUGGAGAAUGACGGAGCCACGGCACUGGCAGAAGCUUUUGGGAUCAUCGGGACUCUGGAAGAGGUCCACAUGCCACAGAACGGAAUUAACCAUCCUGGUGUCACGGCCCUGGCCCAGGCUUUUGCCAUCAACCCCCUGUUGCGAGUCAUCAACCUAAAUGACAACACCUUCACUGAGAAGGGUGGGGUGGCUAUGGCUGAGACUCUGAAGACUCUGCGACAAGUGGAAGUGAUCAAUUUUGGAGACUGCCUGGUGCGCUCUAAGGGUGCCGUUGCCAUCGCGGAUGCUGUCCGUGGGGGCCUGCCCAAGCUCAAGGAGCUAAACCUGUCGUUCUGUGAAAUUAAGAGAGAUGCUGCCCUGGUUGUUGCUGAGGCUGUGGCUGACAAGGCUGAGCUGGAGAAGCUGGACCUCAAUGGCAAUGCCCUAGGAGAAGAGGGCUGUGAGCAACUCCAGGAGGUGCUGGACAGCUUCAAUAUGGCCAAGGUGCUGGCAUCCCUCAGUGAUGAUGAGGGAGAGGAUGAAGAUGAGGAGGAGGAAGAAGGAGAAGAGGACGAGGAGGAGGAUGAAGAUGAAGAGGAUGAGGAAGAAGAGGAGGAGGAGGAGGAGGAUGAGGAGCAGGAAGAAGAGGAAGAGGCACAGCAGCGAGGGUCAGGAGAGGAGCCAGCUACACCGUCAAGGAAGAUCCUGGACCCUAACAGUGGGGAGCCAGCUCCCGUGCUGUCCUCCCCGACUCCCACAGACCUCUCCACCUUCCUGUCAUUCCCCUCCCCAGAGAAGCUGCUGCGUCUGGGUCCCAAGGUCUCGGUGCUGAUAGUCCAGCAGACUGAUACCUCCGACCCUGAGAAGGUGGUUUCGGCCUUCCUGAAGGUGGCAUCUGUGUUCAGGGACGAAGCCUCAGUAAAGACAGCAGUGCUGGAUGCCAUAGAUGCCCUCAUGAAGAAGGCCUUCAGCUCCUCCUCUUUCAACUCCAACACCUUCCUUACCAGGCUUCUCGUCCACAUGGGUCUGCUCAAGAGUGAAGACAAGAUCAAGGCAAUCCCCAGCCUGCAUGGCCCCCUGAUGGUGUUGAACCACGUGGUGAAGCAGGACUAUUUCCCCAAGGCCCUUGCACCCCUGCUGUUGGCGUUUGUGACAAAGCCCAAUGGUGCGCUGGAAACCUGCUCCUUUGCCCGCCACAAUCUGCUGCAGACGCUAUACAACAUCUAGAUUUAAAGGCAACUGCUUCUUGUCCCUCGCCCUGCCCCAGUGACUGGGGGUCUUGGAUGGACUGAGCUCAGCCAGCAUCUCCAUUGGAUAUUUUGACCAGAGGCAGGGGAGGGUCUAGGCUCCCAUGUCAUAUUGGUCCUUUGAUACUGUGUUGGUUUGGUGUGUGUGUGGGUAUGUACUUCCUGUCUGGAUUGCAGAUCUUCAUCUCCCUGCUGGACUAACCCAGGUCCACUGUGGGGAAUUGAUGCCCAGGGGAAAGGUAGAAAGCUGCUUUGUUAUUAAACUUAGGCCAACUUAGCCAUAGGCCCGUUGGCUGUCCUGCCUGCCCUGCCUUCCUGUCCCACCAAAGCCUGGGGAAUUUCUGUGUGCUGUGUCCUGCUGUGUCCACCGUGCCUAAGGAACAAAGGCUGUCGGAGAUGGGCUGUCAUUAGAAACUCUGGCCUUAACCCUGUGGCUUGGAGGAGCAGCCAGGGGAGUGGGAGCUGUCUGGGGUACCCUGGUUCUUGGACCCAGUAGAAAAAGCACCUUGGCUGGCCCAGCACUGUUCUUCAUCCUGGGGAGUGAAGGGCAGGUCCCCUAAUGCCUGAACCACAUGUCGGGCCUACUCUUUGAGGGUUUUCUAAGACAGGAGUGUGUAAUACAGAUGGAGCCAGGUAAGAAUGCUCUGUGACUUCCCGAAGUGGCUGCUUGGCCACCUCCUACUUCCCGUUGUGUUGUAUGUCUGGGCUGUGCCUGGGAGCUUCACAAAUAAAAGUCAUCUGUG